AUGCUUGUUUCUGAUUGGCUAUUCACGACAUUUGCAGGUGCUCAUGAAGUGAAGUCAGUGUCAGUGAUGGAGGGAGAUUCUGUUACUCUACACACUGAUAUUAAUGAAAUACAGAGACAUGAAGUGUUACGGUGGAGGUUUGGACCUCAAUAUACUUUUAUUGCUGGAAUCUAUAGAUUGCCUUUUAAUAAAAUUUCAAUAAGUGCUGAUGUUCUUGAUGGGAGAUUCAGAGACAGACUGCAGGUGAAUAAUCAGACUGGAGAUCUCACCAUCACAAACAUCACAACUCAACACACUGGACUUUAUCAAAUGAUUAUCAACUAUGUACAGGAUUCAUCCAGAUUCUAUAUUAAAGUCUAUGCUCCUCUGCCUGUUCCUGUCAUCACCAGUAACUCUUCACAAUGUUCUUCUUCAUCAUCAUCAAGCUCAAAUUGUUCAUUAUUGUGUUCAGUGAUGAAUGUGAGAGAUGUGAGUCUGUCCUGGUACAAAGGAAACAGUUUAUUGUCCAGCAUCAGUGUGUCUGAUCUCAACAUCAGACUCUCUCUACAUCUGGAGGUUGAAUAUCAGGAUACAAACACAUACAGCUGUGUGGUGAACAAUCCUCUCAUAAAUCAAACUCAACAUCUCAACAUCGCUCAUCUCUGUCAGACAUGUUCAGGUGAGUCACAGGUGAUGUUUGUGUUUAUUCAUUCACUUCAUCUCUGUUUCAUUUUG